UCACCACUGUCAUUUGACAACAUCAAAAACAAAAUGUCAAAACGUCACACAAAAUUCAUUUUCAUUGGGAAUUUAUUGCGUUUCGUACUUCAUGAAACAUUAUUAUGAAUCUUUAGCAUAUAAAAAAAAUCAUGAAAGAGAAAACCGAAAUAUUUUCGCAGUAGCAACAGUGACACAGCUAACAUUCAGAUCAAAACAAUGUAAUACAUUGAUCAUUCGAACUGCCUGAACUUCAGCACUUCGGUAGUUGCUUGACGUUUUAUCAUUCAGAAUGAGGGAUUUCGAUUAUUCGAUUAUGUUAUUGUUGGGAUAUCAAAAUUGUAAAAAACAAUAAUAUAAAACCAUUUUAUCGGUGCUCCCACGCAAACAUUGCAUAUCUCAUAAUAUUACAUUUAGGUUCCUGUGACUUAGAUAACUAAAACCGUAAUUGUCGACGAAGUAAAACAUUGUGCGACUAAAUAAUAAUUAUUAUAUCGUGUUAAAAAAUCCACAAUGAACAGUAUUAGUAGUGUAUGUAUGAGUUUAUUUAUUGUAGUGGUUUUGUUUAAUGUUAAAGUGUGUUUAUCGCAGUAUAGUAAACCAUGGAGAGACAUAUACGAAAAUAAUAAGUGCCCCAAAUUAUAUCCGAAGAAUUUUUUGAAUUACAUGCCAGUUGGUAAUCUAACAGCUGGGAAUUACACAGAGAAACCAGGUCUAAAGGGUUUGAAGCAAUGUGUGAUGGAGUGCUGUAUCUCCGAGUCCUGCAAUAUAGUGUUCAUAUAUGACCAGAGGUGUUUCCACGUGGAGUGUGUCAGUGAUGAACUGUGUCUACCGCUACAGAGGACUGGCAGCCGAAAAUGGGAGGCCUCACAUGUCUCCAUGAUACUUGUAAAACCAGUACUGCCUAAUGAGAAUUGGUCAGAUAUAUUAGAUCAGUCUAGCUACAGACAAGUCAACAAUAACUUUUCUCCCGAGGAAGAGUCAGUGUACUCUCCAUACUCAAUAAACAGAAAUGACUUACUCAACGGCGAUGAAGCCUCAACAUUUUUAUCGCGAUUCCUCAACAACUUGCCUACGAUGGAUGAGGAUGAACCACGGAACUUUGACAAGUACCGAGAUAACAAUGAUAAUGAUAUGAUUAUGGAUACAAAUAGUUUUCUAGAAAAGAUACCAUGUGAAGUAGAUGCCGGCGAUUGCCCCUUCAACUCGGAGUGCAUACCACUGGGUUUGAAACUACGCAAUGGCAUUUGUAAAUGUGUACCUGGUACAGAGGAGAAUGCACAGGGUUCAUGCGUACAAAUAAUUAGACCAUUCUCCAAAGGCCCCACAAUACCAGUUGAUUCUAUGAAGAAAAACGACGAUGUUGAUCCAAAAAGUGAUAUUCUUAAAACUGAAACUACUUCUCAGAAAAGUAUUCAAACAUUGACUGUUUCUAUCUUGUCCAAACAGGUACAACUACCAGACAAUGAAGUAACCUUGGCAGCAUACACUAUUCCAGAUGAGAAAGCAACAAUGAGCCAUUACAACUAUGUAUGGACACUUGUAGAUCAACCAAAAGGAGGUUUUACAGGUAACAUGAAUCAAAACGGUGCAAAGGUGACGUUAACGGAUCUAACAGAAGGGCAAUAUCGAUUUAAAGUGACGGUUAACGGAACUAAUUCGUAUGGGGAAGGCUUUGCAAAUGUAACAGUGUUGCCACCCCAUCGCGUCAACACUCCGCCCCAAGUUGUUAUAACACCACAAACUCAGACUGUGAAACUUCCUAACACUGUUGCUGUGCUUGAUGGAAGCGCUAGUAAGGAUGACGACGCAAUAAUUUCCUGGCAUUGGGACUUGACAUCUGGGCCUAUUGGCUACCAACCUCCUUUGCAAGAUGGACCUACAUUAGUCCUGAACGAUUUGAAGCAGCCUGGGAACUAUACGUUUAAACUGACCGUUGAAGAUUCUGAUCAUGUGAAGAAUUCUACGACAGCUAACAUUACUGUGUUGAAUCAUACUGAUUAUCCGCCUGAAGCUAAUGCUGGUCAAGACGUAAUAAUAUACUUGCCGAACAAUAACUUGACGUUAAACGGGAGCCUUUCUACUGACGACCACGAGAUCACUUCCUGGGAGUGGACCAAAUCUGCUGAAGAUGAAAACAAAGCGGUUGAUAUGCAAAAUACACACUCACCUUAUUUACAACUGUCAAAUCUAUCAGAAGGCGUAUACACGUUCGUGUUGAAAGUGACUGACUCUUCGGGCCAGUCCUCCACUGCCGAUGUUCAUGUCUUCGUGAAGCCUCCGACCAACACGCCACCAGUAGCUGAAGCAAAAGCAGAAUCCUUCAUAUCACUGCCUCAAACUUGGAUCAUCCUGAACGGUUCGACAUCGCACGAUGACCAUAGGAUAGUCGCGUACACCUGGCGUUGUCUCUCCGGUCCUACUAACUCUAACAUUAUCAACUUUAAUGAGUCAGUCGCGAAUGCCACAGCACUCACUAAAGGACAAUACGUCUUCUCCCUGACCGUACUCGACGAUAACGGGAAUUCUGCAUCUGAUAAUGUCACCGUCACCGUCACGCAAAACAAAAACAGUCCUCCAAAAGCAGACGCGGGCGGCGACUUAGUGCUAAACUUGCCGGUAUCGGUGUUGAUACUCAAUGGAUCAAAAUCUUCGGAUGAUUUCCGCAUAGUAUCGUGGAAGUGGAGUCGUUCACCGUCUGGCCUCGCUGCCGGCACCGUUAUCCUGAAUUCUGAUACACAACCCGUGUUAAUGCUUACAAACAUAGAGGCAGGAAGAUACGUAUACGAACUAACAGUAACGGAUGACCAAGGCGAAUCAGACAAAGACACAGUGAGCGUCCAAGUGAAGCCUGAUCCUUUAGAAAUGAACCUUAUGGAGUUGACACUAAACAUUCCAAUAUCGGCCUUCACCCAGAGUCAAUUAGACUCACUAGUACAAAAGAUGACUUUACUCCUUAAAGACGAUAUUAGAGUCAACGUUACCGAGGUUCAUGGACAAAUUGAUUCAGGCAAUGCGCAGCUGAUCUUCUUCCUAUCCGAACAGGGUAAAGCAGUAGAAGGUAUCCGUGCGCUGUCCCUGGUCCGCGGCACGUCGGGCGCGUGGGGCGCGUGGGGCGGGGGCCGCGUGCGCUCGCUGCGCUGUCUCAGCGCGUGCUCGGGCCGCGGCGUCUGCGACCACGCCACCAGGACCUGUCGCUGCGACGCCUUCUGGAUGCAGAGCCUGCUGGCGCAGCUGGAUCCUGAUGCGCAACCUGAUUGUGAAUGGUCGGUGGUGUACGCGAGCCUGGGCGGCGUGGCGGCGCUGUGCGCGGUGGGUGCCGGGAGCUGGGCGGGCGCGCGCGCGCUGCGCCGUCUGUGCGCGCCCCGCAAGCCGCGCGCCAGACCCAAGUACAGGCUGCUGCCGCUCGCAGACCACGAGGAGAAACCAUGUAAAUAUUUUACGAGCAAAGAUGUAUCAGAGAGUGAGACAGACUCGGACGUGUUGUUCGAAACUAAAAGCAAGACGACAUCGUUUGGCACCCGCGUCAUGAACGGCGAGGCGUCGCAGGGCAACGGUUGGAAGAAAAACGGCCAUUACAAGAACUCCCGUAAAGUGAAGACGUAGCUCAUCGCAAUGCGACUAAGCUGCCUUCGAAUAAAGUCAGCCAUUGGUCACUGUAAGUAACAACUUACAAUAUUCUUCCACAUUCACACGGACAUUACAUAAAGACACGUUGCCAUUCCAAAUUGUGUAUAAAUGUGAUUGCAAAUAGUAUAGAACAAAUGCUAGAAUAAAUUGUAAUCGCCUAAACCGUUCAUGUUUAGAAUAAGCUAGUAAGCCAACGAUUUGUAUAAGUGUGCAGUGUAUUUAUGAAACUGUAAGUUAUUUAUUUGUAUGUAAGAACAAUUGUAAGAACAUCGCGCACAAUUUUAUUACAGUCUGUGCCUGAAUGCCUAGAGCAAACCAAUGCUAGAUUUAGACCAGUAGGACAAAAUAUUACUAAGAUAUGACCAUUAUAACACCAUUUCAGCUCACGAUAAUACAGCUAUUCUUACAUUAGUGAUUAUAAAAUAACAGUUCUUCAUAUCGAUAACUUACUAUAAGUAUUGAAUUUUAUAUGUGGCACAUUAAAAAGCAAUAUUAAAUAGCACUUAAUAAGCGAACUAGCAACAGUAACAAUUUUGCAACUAUUACAGUGAUCGUUUUUAUUUAUCACGUUAUUUACAUACAUGAAUACAAUGCAUUCAAAUCUAACCACUAUAAUUUUAUUUUAAUAUACUUUUGUAAGUGCAUAUUUAUUUCAUAAAUAAAAUCAUAAAACCAACACUAUUCAUGUCUGGUUUGAUCUCGAAUGAGUUUAUUCAUAGUAAUAAACCAUACACUAAUUUAUGGAAACAAAAUUUUGUUUUUAUCAUCCUAAUACUUUUAGGACGCAUUUGUCUAUUGCUAUCAUGCCAAUCAUAAAAUUAAGAAGGAUCAACUUUACGCUCGAUUAAAUAGGACUUGUAUUAAAAUAACACUCCAAUAAUAAAAUGGCUAUGAAAUAAUAUAGGUAGAUUGUAGUUUCUAGAUAGAUUAGAUUAAGUUUUUUACUUAUAGACAGUACAUGGAUAGGGUUGCUGUAUGCCAAGGAAUUCUUUUUAUUUAUUUGCAUGUUUAUUCCCAGUAAUAGGGAUUUAGAGAGAUAUGAGCACAUUGCUAGCACAAAAAUAAAAUAAAGAAUAUUUUACAUUGACCAGAUAGCAACCCUAUUGAUGUAGAUAUUAUAUAUUUUUUGUAUUAAAAUUUGAUCAGACACAAAAUUAAUGAAAUCGUUAUUAGUGUUACCUAAAUCAUAGGUACGAAAAUCAUGUGUAAAUCUGAAAUGUAGGUUAUAUAAAUAUUAUAUAGUAAUUUAUGUAAAAAUAUUCUGUAGACGUAGUAAUAAGGAUAAUUUUAUUUACAAAAUAUUGGCGCGAAUUUCAAGGUCCACAGAUAAAGAAUAUUACGAAAAACUCGAAGAAAAAAUUUUAUUUUAUUUUAUUUUACUUGUAUGACUAUUUAUAAUUGUGUUGCAUAAUAAGAGAAACAAAUAUAAAUAUAAGAAUUGUAGAACUCUAUAAGGCAUUUACAUAACAUGAAUUGUUCUUGCUUGUGUUCACAAUCUCGCCAUAAUAAUGUUUGCCUUAUUUUAAGUAUUCUAUUGAAGUGUUGUUAUAGGUAUUGAAUUCAAUGUAUUGUAUUAAUUAAGGUUACAUAAUAUAAUGGCGUUGAAAGUGAAUUUUUAGUUAAUAUUGCAUAAUUGAAUAUUCUAGUCCUGUUAAGUGAUAAUAUUUUAGAUUAUAGCACACUAUUGGGUUUAAUCAUAAAUGUUUAUGUAAGUAUAUUAUUUUAUUGUGAUUUUGACGAGUAUUUUAUUACGUGCAUGUACUUAAUUUGUUCGAAAAUAAAUUCGUAUUUAUGCUUAAAAA